AUCUCGGAAGCGCAAUUCUUAAACCGAUACCUUGAGUACUGGGGUGGCUACACCUGCCUAGAUCUGGCGCAUUCAGCCAACCUAAGGAUUUUCAUUAGCACAGUGCCCUGCCAGAAUGCCAUUGAUAAAGGCUGGUGCAUGGAAAUCCAAGGGGGCUGGUUGGCCUUCUUCUUCGCCAUCGUAGUCCCUCCGAUCAUGCUCAGUAGGAAGCUGAUCAGCUUUCCCGAAGACAAUAUCAUCAACGAUUUGAAAUUCGGUACCAGACGUCUGGAUAUGACCGAUGAAUCUUCUGACGAAGAACUCUUCGAGGAUAGUUUGAAUAAUUUGCAGGAUCAAAAACACUUAUCCUCCAAUCAAGAAGAAGAUGUAGCUAAGGGAAAGCAUAAUGGAGCAUGUGGGUUUGGCGUCAGUUUAUGUCGAAAACGCAGGCAUCAUGAUGAUGACUGUUGUGGUCCAUUGCUUGACCUGCUCAAGCCACACCAAACUAGCCACCGUCCAUCCAGUCUCGUACAAAAGCAAAAUAUAUCAGACGGAUCGCCCAGAGGAAUUCGUGUUAGUACAUCCAAGCUGAUUGCGUUGAACAAGUACAUCUUGAGCGGUAGGAGCCGCAAUAAGAAG